CUCCUAAAAAUAAAGGAGAAUAUUCUCAGAAAACAACAAUCUUAUCGGCAAUGCCACUGAAAUUUCACCGAUUGUGGCUGCCGUUGCUCCUGUUCGUUUGUCAUCUGCUGGCUGAAACUCCGCAGUGCUUUCACUUUACGUGGGUGGGUGCCUACGAGAAUCACUCAAAUAUUCAGACCGAAACCUGCGAUUCCAGAGUGGGCGAUUUCAAUGAAAUACCCUGUGAGGAACCACUGGUUGUGACACCCGACGAUACUGUGCCGGAUGUGAAGGCUCUGUGGCAAAAUACCACGGAGGACCGCGAGAACUUUCUGUGCCAAAUGUCGCCCGGUCGCUCAUGCGUGAAAUACUCCUACAUAUUCAAAGGCGGAAUACAAAACAUCACGUACAUGUGCGCCAAUGUGAACAGCAGCAACGGGUGCUAUCGACAGACCCAUCCGACGGGCAUGGUUGUGGAGGCCUGUGUCUGCACCUCCCGCGUGGGUCUGAUACCCUGUAAUGGCGGCUCGAACUCUCGGCUCGGUGGCGUUGUAAUGGGCUUGGCUCUUUGUUUGCCCGGCCUUUAUCGAUGGCUAAAUAAAUAUCGAAUGGUCUGAACUGCAAA